AUGGCGGAAACAGAGAAACACGGACGGUCUCAAGAUGAGCCUGUCCUGCAAAGCAGUUUUCAGCAGGAUGAGAAUUCAGCCGAACAGGCUUCUCACUCAACUCACCAGACCGAUUCAAACAUGGCGAUUGGUAAUGAUCACAGAAAGAAGCUCGGCGUGCUUUGGGGCUCAGCACUCAUGCAGCUCCCACUCUGGGGCUUCAAUCUGAGUUAUGGUAUUUUUGAAGAAUACUGGACGAGCAACUGGACUCUCGAUGGCGAUCUCUCCAUCACUGGCACAGUCGGCACUACCUCCAACGGAGUCAUGUAUAUCUCCAUGCCGUUCCUAUUUGCCAUAUUCACCCGCUACUGGGCCCAUCACCGGCUCAAAGCAGAGCUCGGAGGUCUUACCAUAGCAUUCCUUGGGUUCAUUCUCUCCUCUUUCAGUACCCAUGUAUGGCAUCUCAUGGUCACCCAAGGCGUCAUGGCUGCUUUUGGUUGUACUCUUGUGUAUAGUCCAGCAACAUGUUCUCUUGGGGAGUGGUAUGCCACUGGCAACCGGGCUAUUGCCUAUGGUAUUAUUCUCUCGUGUCGAAACAUUGUCGGUUCGGUCUGUCCUUUUUUGCUGCGGUAUCUCCUCGACCAAUAUGGCUUUCGAUGGACAAUUCGGAUUUGGGGGUUCAUCCUGGCUGGUUCGGGUCUCCUGUCCAUCUUUCUCGUGCCGACUCAUCCUUCAAAGACAAUAGCACGAGAAGGAAAACCUCCUCGAAUACCAUGGACGUUCCUGAAACACCGUGGCAUUUACACCUACUUCGUUGCAGUUAUGGUUCAAAGCUCAGGAUACUGUCUACCACAGACAUACCUCCCGACGUUUGCACGAGAGUUCAACGGCGCCAGUCAAGCGAUUUCUACUCUAUUGCUAACAUUGCACAAUAUUCCCGGCAUCCUCUCGUGCUUCUUCUUUGGCUGGCUUACGGACAAUAAGUAUCAUCAAUUUUCGGCCACUACAAUAACUUGCCUCUCAGCUUUCGCAUCAUCGGCCUCUGUGCUCUUACUCUGGGGGUUGUCGGUAGACGGAAGCCCUGCUCUUACUCUCGUAUUCGCUAUCGUCUUUGGCUUCUUUGCUGGUGGUUAUAGUGCAACGUGGGGAGGCAUUACUAAGGAACUGGAAGGUGAAGCAGAAGUUCAUAACGAGACUAUUGACUCCAGUCUUACAUAUGGACUUCUCAAUGGAGCUCGAGGCAUCGGGUUUGUGAGCGGUGGCCUUGUGAGCAUCCCACUGCUGAGUUCUGGGGAUACAGGCUGGGGAGGAAGAUUUGGCUACGGAACCAAGUAUGGCCCACUCAUGGUAUUCACUGGCAUUGCAGUUACUUUUGGUGGCCUGGGGUUGAUUAGGGCUACAAGGAUAAGACCACACAAGUCUUCAACAUCAGGUUGA